CCCGUUGCUCCUGGCUCCAGCACUGGGUGGCAUUGGGGUACCACCAGCGCGCCGGAGGUGAGGAGGGCCAAAAAUGGACCCCCUGGCCCUCGCCGGGUCGGGCCGCGUUCUGCCUGAGCAAGCGCUUGCUCGUGCUCGGGCGCAGGCCGUGCGCGCCGACGGGACCGAAGCUCCGUCCGCAUGGCACCCGGAACGACGCGCCCAGUUUGCCGCCUGCGCCUUUGCACUGGGCACUUAUAGGUAUCGCGUGCGGAUGAGGCAAAGGGCACCAAGGAUGCCAGAUGCGGCUUUGCUGCCCAGCAACGGGGAGGUCCAGCUGACAACCGCCUCGCGACUGGGAGCGAGGAGAGAGCUGGAGGCCUUGGCUGCGUCGCUGCUGGCAAAGUGCUCAGUGGAGGAGGCUGUGCGCCUGGUGCGGUCCGUGGCAAAAGAGGCGCUCGCGGAGGCGCCAAUGGAAGGGCUGCAGAACUUGUCCCGAGCGGCGGAGUACAGCAGCCUCAAGGUGGUUAAUCUGAAGCAGAUCCUCUCGGAGCGCGGGCUCAAGAUGAGCGGCCGCAAGAACGAGCUCAUCCAGCGGCUAGAGGAGCACGACGCCGAGGAGAAGUCGAAGAAGAGCUCCAGCUCAGACUCCUGCGGGGCAGACAAGGUGCCGGAGCGGAAGAAGGCCGCGUCCAAAAUGGACCAGGACGGGGUGCCUCAAGGUACGACGGUGGUGAAAAGCAAAGAGGAUGCCGAUGCGGCGCUCAAGAUCUUGAUGCAGCUUCGUCAGCCGGGAGUCUUCCAUGCGAUCGACACAGAGGUGCAGGGCUGGUCUCCCGGGCGCACGCCCUACGGGCAUGGAGAGGUCAUUUGUUGGUCCAUCUACUGCGGCGAUCAAGUAGAUUUCGGCUCGGGCCCGCGGCUGUUCAUCGACAACCUAGACGAGGAGGGUCAGCUCCGGGGCCUCGUGGAGUACUUCAAGGACUACUUGGAGGACCCGGACAUUCCCAAGGUCUUUCAGAAUUACUCCUUCGACCGAGCCCAGUUUGUGAACCACGGCUGCCGAGUCGCCGGCUUUGCUGGCGACACCAUGCACAUGGCACGCCUCGAACACUCCGAUGCCGAAAAGGGCUACUCGCUGGAGGCCUUGGGGAAGCGCUUCAUGGGUGAUGCGUGGGGCAAGAGGAAUUUGAAGGAGUUCAUGAAGCAGGAGAGCGUGAAGAGGGUGGAGCAUCUCCAUUUGAGCCAGGAUUUCGACCAUCCGCAGUAUGACGAAGACGUGUUCGACUUUUUGGGCUCCUUGCAUGAAUCCGAAUCUGUCUUCAAGGACCCGGAGAUCCGCGAGGCCUGGGUCGACUAUUCCACCUUCGACACAGUGGUCACCUGGAAAGUGCACGAGGAGCUCCGCCGCAGAUUGGCCAAGGAGAAGCUGAACAUGCCCAAGCAGGAAGGCACUCUGCUGGACUUCUACGAGCGCUUCUGGCGCCCCUUCGCCGAUGUCCUGGUGGAAAUCGAGGAGAGAGGCAUCUACGUGGAUCGAGAAUUCCUCCAGGGGCGGUACGAGGUAGCUUUAAAGGAGCAGGAGGAGGAAGAGGCUGCCUUUAUGGAGUUUGUGAGGUGCCAGUGGGAGAGGCUCUAUCCAGAUCAUCCGGAGCUGCAAGAAACUCUAGAGCCGGGAGCGCGUCAAUUCAACGCCAACAGCCCGCUCCAGAUGAAGCAGCUGCUCUACGGCACGGAUGUCAAGGAGGUGGCCCAGGUGAUGGUGGGCGGGUUGGGCUUGAAGCCCGUGAAGGUGGGCAAAGUGAUGGCGAGCACUUCCACUGAGGCGCUUCGCAAGCUUGCUGGGCCAAAUCCCGAGGCUGGUGAGGCAGGCUGCGGACUUGCCUUCGAGCAACUCGGCCAGGAAGGCUGCAUCGGCCUGAGCCACCGGGUGGAGGUCUCAGCCAUCAGCAAGGCCAUCAGCUUAUUCCUCGUGAAGUUGUUGGAGGAGGACGGCAUGCUGGACAGUCGUGGGCGCGUGCACACCUCUUUGAACUUGAUGACCUCCACGGGGCGGCUCACCUCCAAGAGCCCCAACCUGCAGCAGGUGCCUGCGGUGGACAAGGACCGCUUCCAGAUCCGCGGCAGCAUCGUCGCAGAGAAGGGCAAGAUCUUCGUCAUCGCAGAUUACGGUCAGUUGGACCUGAGGGUACUGGCCCACACCUCCGGGUGCCCAGCCAUGAUCAAUGCCUUGUCCUCAGGCAUCGACCUCCACUCGCACGCCGCUGCGCAGAUGUACGAGCACGUGCAGGAAGCCAUCGACGAGGGCAAGGUUUCCAUGGAGGGCGGCGACGAUCGUCCCUGCGUGAAGGAUGUGUUUGCCAGCGAACGCCGCAAUGCCAAGGCAGUGAACUUUGGCAUCGCCUACGGCCUGACUGCCAAGGGUCUGAGCAGGCAGCUGAACUGCGAAGAGCCUGAGGCCCAGAACAUGAUCAACAUGUGGAAUACAGCCUACAGCCAGGUUUGUGAAUGGCAAAGGAAGGUCUGCCUGGACGCGGAGUGCGAUGGCCUGUUUGUGAAGACGUACCGGGGCAGGCGCAGGCAUCUGGAGAACCUGGCCAAGAGGCCGCCACCUGUCCCCUUCCACCUGAAGAAGAGGAGACUCCAGAACAAGAACAACUUUUUCCGCCACGACGAUGGGUAUUGGGAGUACAUCUCGGCGAAGCGUCAAGCCAUCAAUGCGCCGGUGCAGGGCGGGUCCGCGGACGUGGUGGUGGAGGCCAUGAUCAAGGCCCACCGGGACGAAGAACUUCGGCAGAUGGGCUGCGAGAUGGUGCUGCAGGUGCAUGACGAGCUUAUCUUCGAGUGCCCUGAGGAAUAUGCUGAUCAAGCUUUGCAGGCUGUAACGCGCAUCAUGGAGCACCCGUUUCUGGAUGACUACGAGUUCGCAGUGCCCCUGGUGGUCGAUGCCAAGGUGGCCCGUUCAUGGCAUGACGCGAAACACGCCUAAGGGGCACGGAAUCGUCGAACUGCUCCUUGCCUUGCCGCAGGUAUGGUGAGGCUCUGAGCUCUUGAGGAAUCUCACUUCCCGAAUUUCUCGA